CCCUGAGCCCCAACCUCUGGGUCUGUCCCAGGAUGUGACCUUGACCCCUGACCCGCGACCCCUGGGCCUGUCCCAGGACGUGACCUUGGCAGUUCUCCCCAGACUGUACAUGGAGGAAGUGGUGUCUGAACUGGGCAGGAGAAACAUCAGCACCGGGGACGUCAACAACAAGGAGCUGCUGGUGGCUGUGCUGAGGGUUGUCAUGGAGAAGGAAUACAGCGGGACGGCAGUUCUGUACGAGAAGGCAAACAUCGUGGUUUCAAAGUCGAGUCAAGGAAAAAAGAUGACAGCAAUGCUAUGUGGACGGCAACAAUCUGAUGUUUCCGGACUGACUCUCAUAUCAGGUUCAGAAUAUGGAAAAGCAAUGUCACAAUCCAAAAAGUCAGCAAACUCAGCACAUUCUCCUGUUCCAAAGAGACAAUCUGUCCAAAAAAUGUCUGUACCCACAACAGUGCCUGCAACAGAACAACAAUGGACUUCCCCUACCACAGCACCUGCACCUGUUCAACAGUGUACCAUCCCUGCCACGGUGUCUCCACCUGUCCAACAAUGGGUCACGCCAACAAUAGCACCUGCACCUGUUAAGCAAUGGAUCACCCCUACCACAGCACCUGCACCUCAACAACAAUGGAUCACUCUCUCCCCAACACAAAUGGUACAGUCCAAUAUGGAAGAAUUAGACAACUUUGAUGGUGUUGCUUCCUGUUCAUCCUCUGACACAGAAGAUCCGCAGAUAGUCCAGACUCCACAGGUGAAAAUAACGGAACGAACACUGAAUAAACAAGGUGGUGCCAAGCAGCCGAAACAAUGUCCUCACUGUGAGUAUACAUCACUGGAUUCUUCCAACUUCAGACAUCAUGUCCUCAGACACUCCAACAAGAAACCAUUCAAGUGUUCUCAUUGUGACUAUGCAACAAAGACGAGACCCAGUCUAAAUCGGCACAUGCACAUCCAUACCACCAGAGAAAAACCCUUCAGUUGCAAGUCAUGCGAUUUCAAAACAGCACACAAAAAAUCCUUACAGACCCACAUGAAAACCCACACAGGAGAGAAGCCGUACAUGUGUGAGGUGUGCGGACACAGGUCAGCUCUGGCUGCGUCUCUACGAACGCACAUGAAGGUACACUCCAAAGAACCAUUCAAGUGUGAAAUCUGUGGAUAUGUGGCAAAAAAUGCUUCCCAUCUAGAAAGCCACAUGAAAACUCACACGGGGGAGUUACCAUAUAAGUGUGACUUUGAAGGCUGCAGCUUUACAGCUACAAAGCAGGUGGCGCUUCAGGAUCAUCAGAAAGUCCACAUGAAAGAGAAACCGUUUGCCUGUGACCAGUGUACUUACAAAAGCCACAACAAGUACUGUCUGAGUGAUCAUAUGAAAAUUCACACAGGUGAGAAACCCCAUGCCUGUGAUCAGUGUGACUAUAGGUCAGUUUCUUCAUCAGGACUCUUCAGACAUAAGUUUGACAAGCACACAGGACAGAAGCUCUGGCCAUGUGACAUCUGUGGUCGCCAAUGUUUUUCUGAAGCCCUUUUGGAGAAGCACAAAGAACGACACACUCGUGAGCAGGGGCUACUUGUCUGUAAAGAAUGUAACUACAGAACAUUUGAUUUCGUGGCAAUGAAAGAACACAAGAGAAUACAUACUGGCGAGAGACCAUAUGUCUGUGACAAGUGUGACUACAAGGCAGCUCUGGAAAAGUACCUGAGAUUACACAUGAGGAAACACAGUUCAGAAAAGCCAUUCAAAUGUCCGCAUUGCGACCACUGUACAAAGAGAAAAGAUAGUCUUAAGAGCCACAUCAAAAAUAGACAUAAAUGUGAAAUAACAUCUGACGUGACAUCGACCCCUGACCCCCGACCCCUGGGUCUGUCCCAGGACAUGACCUUGACCCCUGACCCUCGACCCCUGGGCCUGUCCCAGGACGUGACCUUGGCGGUUCUCCCCAGACUGUACAUGGAGGAAGUGGUGUCUGAACUGGGCAGGAGAAACAUCAGCACCAGGGACGUCAACAACAAGGAGCUGCUGGUGGCUGUGCUGAGGGUUGUCAUGGAGAAGGAGUACAGCGGGACGGCAGUUCUGUACAAGAAGGCAAACAUCGUGGUUUCAAUGUCGAGUCAAGGACAAAAGAUGACAGCAAUGCUAUGUGGAAGGCAACAAUCUGAUGUUUCAGGACUCACUCUCAUAUCAGGUUCAGAAUAUGGAAAAGCAACAUCACAAUCCCAAGAGUCGGCAAACUCAGCACAUUCUCCUGUUCCAAAGAUACAACAUGUACAAAAAUUGACUGCGCCCAUGACAGAACAACAAUGGACUUCCCCUACCACAGCACCUGCACCUGUUCAACAGUGUACCAUCCCCACCACGGUGUCUCCACCUGCCCAACAAUGGGUCACUCCAACAAUAGCAUCUGCACCUGUUCAACAAUGGACCACCCCUAGCACAGCACCUGCACCUGAACAACAAUGGAUCACCCUCUCCCCAACACAAAUGGCGCAGUCCUCUAUGGAAGAAUUAGACAACUUUGAUGGUGCUGCUUUCUCUUCAUCCUCUGACACAGAGGAACCAGGGAUAGUCCAGAGUCCACAGGUGGAAAUUACAGAACGAGCAAGCAAAGAUGGUGCCAAGGAACUGAAACAAUGUCCUCACUGUGAUUAUACAUCAAUGGAUUCUUCCAACUUCAGAAAGCAUUUCCUCAGACACUCCAACAAGAAACGAUUCAAGUGUUCUCAUUGUGACUAUGCAGGAGAAACAAAGACUCGUCUUCGUGAACACACACGUAUCCAUACCGGAGAAAAACCCUUCAGUUGCAAGUCAUGCAAUUUCAAAACAGCACACAAAACAGCCUUUAAGUACCACAUGAAAACCCACACAGGAGAGAAGCCGUACAUGUGUGAGGUGUGCGGACACAGGGCAGCUCAGGCUGCGUCUCUACGAAAGCACAUGAAGGUACACACCAAAGAACCAUUCAAGUGUGAAAUCUGUGGAUUUAUAGCAAUAAUGGCUUCCCAUCUAGAAAGUCAUAUGAAAACCCACACUGGAGAGCUACCAUAUAAGUGUGACUUUGAAGGAUGUAACUUUGCAACAACAAUGCAAGUAAAACUUCAGGAUCAUCAGAAAGUCCACAUGAAAGAGAAACCGUUUGCCUGUGAUCAGUGUACUUACAAAAGCCACAACAAGUACCACCUGAUUGAUCACAUGAAAACUCACACAGGGGAGAAACCCCAUGCCUGUGACCAGUGUAAUUACAGGUCAGUAUCUUCAACUGGUCUCUUCAGACAUAAGCUUAAAAAACACGAAGGUGAGAAACUCUGGCCAUGUGACAUCUGUGGGCGCAAAUGUUUUUCUGAAGCCCUUUUGGAGAAGCACAAAGAACGACACAGUCGUGAGCAGGGGCUACUUGUCUGCAAAGAAUGCAACUACAGGACAUUUGAUUUCAUGGCAAUGAAGGAGCACAAGAGAGUACAUACUGGAGAAAGACCAUAUGCCUGUGACAAGUGUGACUAUAGAGCAUCUAUGCAAAACUACCUGAGAAUACACAUGCGGAAACACAGUUCAGAAAAGCCAUUCAAAUGUCCGCAUUGCGACCACUGUACAAAGAGAAAAGAUUGUCUUAAGAGCCACGUCAAAAAGAAACAUAAAUGUGAAUUGACACCCUAAUCACAACUUUAACAGGAGAGUUGCUUUGUCAUAAGUGUUUUGUAAUAAAGAUGCUCUUUUUUCUCA